GAUUUUUUAACACUUUAACAAUAUACAUACGUAUUCUUUUUUUAAAAAAAAAUUGUGAAAUAGAAUUAAUAUAUGAACAUGUCAAGAAAAUGAUUGAUUAAAAUAACACUGUUUUACAAUUACAUGAAAAUUUUUAGCAUCCACUUCACAAAUCACAUAUUGAUUAUACCCGAGUCACUAGUUGGAGUGAUAAAGAUAGUGUGUAUCACCCUGGUGACCAGGGUUCGAGUCCCACUCUCCCAUUUCGAAAAAAGUGACACAUUGAUUUAUUCAAAAUAAUGAUUUAGUUAAAAAAAAAAAAGAAAAAACAGUUUGAGAUAUCUUAAACCCUCUUGUUAUUCUAGCAUUUGCUUCCUAAGAAGAUCACAGGUGGAUUUGAAAUGUCAUUACUUGUUGAGGCAACUAGCAAGUAGACAGUGAAGAAAUGAACAAGCCAGCCAUUUUAGCAUGUUCAUUCGCAAGAGUUUUAUGGGAUCAAGAAAAUUGUCAUUAAAUGGAUGGAUAAUUUACAUGUGAUUAAGAAAGAUUGGACACUAAUUAUUGAUAAAAUCGUUUGAUUAGGACUACUAAUCACAGAUUACAACCUGACAAAUUGCAGAUUAUGAUCUGUCCUGGCUUCUCCAUAUGUAUAUAUCUAGACUGCUUGGGUGGAUUCUUUGGACUUAGGUGACGGAAAAUCUUAUGACUAGAAACCAAAAGCUCCGUGUACAAACUUAGCACUCAUUGACAGCUUAAUAUAAAGCUAUAGAUAUAGUAACAGGAUCUCCAUUGACAAAACCAAACCCAGCCCAGUAAGCUAGCUAUGUCAAAAGUAGAAGAAAAGGGCCCUGCAGAUGGGAAAGAGGAUUACACUGAAGAUGGGACUGUAGAUCUUAAGGGAAAUCCCAUUUUAAGAUCAAAGACUGGCAGAUGGAAAGCUUGUUCCUAUAUUGUAGGAUAUGAAGUGUUUGAAAGGAUGGCAUAUUAUGGUAUAGCAUCAAACUUGGUUCUGUAUUUGACAAAGGAGCUCCAUGAAGGCACUGUAACAUCUUCUAACAAUGUCACUAACUGGGUUGGUACUGUAUGGAUGCUACCGAUCAUAGGAGCUUACAUCGCUGACGCUCAUCUUGGCAGAUACUGGACUUUUGUCAUUGCCUCUGCCAUCUAUCUUGUGGGAAUGUGCCUGAUGACCCUGGCAGUAUCAGUGCCAGGAUUGAAGCCUCCAUCUUGUGGUUCUGGUAUCAAAGAUGAAGACUGUGCCAAAAACGCUUCUUCUCUUCAAUCUGGUAUAUUCUACUGCGCGCUAUAUAUAAUCGCUGUUGGAACCGGUGGAACCAAGCCCAACAUCUCCACCAUGGGUGCAGACCAGUUCGACGAUUUCGAACCAAAGGAGAGGACUCAGAAGCUCUCCUUCUUUAACUGGUGGAUGUUUAGUAUUUUCUUUGGAACCUUGUUCUCCAACACUUUCUUGGUUUACUUACAAGACAAUGUAGGAUGGAGCCUUGGCUAUGGCCUUCCUACAGUUGGACUUGCCACUUCUAUCAUUGUGUUUUUGGUUGGUACUCCAUGUUAUAGGCACAAAGUGCCUGCUGGGAGUCCAUUCACCAGGAUUGCUCAAGUGCUUGUGGCUGCUGUCAGGAAGUGGAAGGUGCCUGUCCCUGAUGACUCAAAACAGCUUCAUGAACUUAGCUUGGAGGAGUACUCAAAUUCUUACAAAUUCAGGAUUGAUCACACCCCUUCAUUGAGAUUCCUCGACAGAGCAGCCGUAAACGAUGGAUCAAGCUCACCAUGGAUGCUAUGUCCAGUGACCCAAGUUGAAGAAACCAAGCAAAUGAUCAAAAUGCUUCCGGUUCUGGUCGCAACAUUCAUACCAAGUACCAUGCUAGCUCAAGUAAACACCUUGUUCAUCAAGCAAGGCACCACCCUGAACAGAAGCAUGGGUCCCCAUUUUAAAAUUCCACCAGCAUGUCUCACUGCAUUUGUUACCAUAUUCAUGCUGACAAGCCUUGUCAUCUACGAUCGCUUCUUCGUUACAGCGAUCAAGCGAUACACGAAGAACCCUAGAGGAAUCACACUGCUGCAGAGAAUGGGCAUGGGCCUUGUACUGCAAACUAUUAUCAUGGUUGUAGCUUGCUUAGCCGAAAGGAAAAGACUCAAUGUUGCGGAAGAGAACAACAUUUUCGGAAAGCACGACACAGUUCCUCUUACAAUCUUCAUUCUCCUACCUCAGUUUGCACUGAUGGGGGUUGCUGAUACAUUCGUCGAAGUGGCGAAGAUCGAGUUCUUCUAUGAUCAAGCACCUGAAGGCAUGAAAAGCCUUGGAACCUCAUAUUUCACAAGCAGCUUGGGAAUUGGUAACUUUCUCAGUAGUUUUCUUCUUAGGACAGUUUCUGAUAUUACAAAGAGGAAUGGCCAUAAAGGGUGGGUUUUGGACAAUCUAAACAUCUCUCACUUGGACUACUAUUAUGGUUUCUUGGCCAUCUUGAGCUUCCUCAACCUGCUUUUGUAUCUUGUUGUGACCAAAUUCUUUGUUUACAAUGUUGAUGUGGACACCAAGAGGGAUGAACAGGCCAUGUAACAUAGAUUUGCACCAGAGAAUGCUUUGUCUCAAGUUAAUGGAAAAGUCAUGAGUACAACUGAUCUA